AUGGCCAAGUUCGAGCGUAACUAUGUGUCAGGAUGGGUGCCCAGGAACCCCAAGAUAUUCACUGUGGUGGUCAUAGCGGUCGCUGUCAUCAAUUCUGCGACACUGGGCUAUGAUUCGUCGGUGAUGAAUGGACUGCAAAUUCUGCCAUCCUACACAGAGUACUUUAACCUCAACACUACCACCAAUGGCCUCAACAACGCUGCUGCAUGGAUGGGUGCCAUCUUGUCCGGUCCUUUGAUGCAGAUCGUCCCGGAUACGUAUGGUCGCAAGAAUGCUAUCCUGUUCUCUGCCAUCAUCUGUUUUAUCGGAAUCAUCUUACAGAGCGCGGCACAGAACAUCGGCAUGUUCAUCGUGGCGCGAAUCAUUAUCGGCCUUGGUUCUCAGCUGUCCAGUGGCGCGGCACCUGCGCUGCUGGGUGAACUCCUUCCGGCUGUUACUCGAGGGCGGAUUUUAGGAUUCUUCUUUUCUUGCUUCUAUGUAGGCAGCCUGUUAUCUGCCAUUAUCAAUUAUGGCAGCCAGAACAUCCAGUCGACCUGGUCCUGGAGACUCCCCUCGAUGCUUCAAGUGAUUCCCAGCUUGCUCGCCUUGGUCUUGCUGCCUUUCGUUCCUGAGUCUCCCCGCUGGUUGCUCUCCAAAGGCAGGCACGAGCAUGCACGAGAGGUAUUGAUUGUUGUUCAGGGAGGCGGUAACCCCGAAUCCGAAAGCGUGCAGACAACAUUCGCAGAAAUCGAAAGCGCUCUGGCCGCCGAAACGGCCAUGUCCAACUCCAAUCCCUGGGUCGAGAUUGCGGCCACUCCAGCGAACAGGAAGCGCCUCCUGAUUCUGUGCACCUUCGGUGUCAUGAUCAACUCUUUUGGCAACUUUGUCAUCUCGUUCUACUUGGACAAGAUACUCACCCAGGCCGGCAUCACCGAAGUCAAUACGAAGACCCAGAUCAAUGUCAUCCUGAGCUGUUGGUCUUUUGUUGUGGCUUGCUGUGGCAGCUACUUGCUCGACUUCAUCGGCCGACGCAAGCAGGCACUCGGCAGCGUGGCCGGGAUGAUCGUGUGCUUAUAUGCCAUUGCCGGAAUGAUCAAGACAUUUGGAGAAAGCUCCAACAAAUCCGGAAUCUACGGCACCAUCGCCUUCAUCUUCCUGUUCCAAGGCCUCUACGCAUUCUCCAUCACCCCUCUGACGAGUCUGUACCCGACCGAAGUCUCACAGUAUAAACUCCGUACCACUGGGAUCGCCAUUUUCCGCAUGCUGGACAGCGGAUUCGGGCUCAUGGCGUCCUUUGCGCUCUCUUAUGCCAUGGCAGACCUGGGAUGGAAGUUCUAUUUGAUCAAUGCUUCUUACAACAUCAUCUUCCUGGCCAUUAUCUACUUCACCUGGGUGGAGACCAAGGGGAUUCCGCUGGAGGAAAUCGCACUUAAAUUCGAGGGAUCUGCUGCCUUUGCUGACUCCAGCGUCCUCGCUAUCACUGGUCAGCAUGUGGAGGAGACGCAAAUGGUGGAAACGAAGCAAGCAAAGUCAGAAGUGAGCAACGAUUCGUCGGCCUGA